AUGGCAAAGCGAAAGAGAGGAGGAAGCAACAAUGGAGGAAUUGAAGAGAACACAAUGGCGAUUCUCGAUACUUCUGGUUUCAAUAGAGAUUCUCACCACCGCCUUGACGACAGUCUUGCUUUUCUAGAAGCUGUUCGCUCUGCUUCAUUGCUACCAGAAAAUGGAACACCGCCUACUAGCACGAUGCGUGAAGCAAUUUUCCAAAUUUUGAAGGAAGAGACUUCACUUGAGCUAAUAAUGGGAAGUUAUCAACUUCUGAAUGAGUUGGAUAAGCGAUUUCCUAGGGUGUGCUUGCCCAAACUGGAGGAGCAAGCAUCAUGUCUGCCACCAACCAUUCUCAAUGAACCUGUUUUAGUUGAAGAGGCCUGGUGUCCAUUUACUCUAGGAUUGGAUAGGGACGAUGAAAUAAAUAAAGGUUCAAGUGGAUCAAUUGACCCCUUGGGCUUUCAUUCACUAAUACAAGAACUUGGGGAAAUGAUCAACCAGAGGUCAAAAGCAUUAGAAACAAAGAUAUUAAGGAAGAUGCUACUACUUCACUAUCUUGUCAGUGUGCUUGAAGGAGACUUUGUGCCUCGUAACAAAGCAUUCAAAGAAAAGAUGAGUUGGACCCUUUUGCGGGAUUCAUUGCUCAACAUGCUUCUGGGGUCAAGAAAAAUAAUCUAUAAAAGCUUAGUCAAGGACUGCCUGUCGGUUAUAUCUGAUGUGUUCUCUGACUUAUAUGAUAAAUCUGAGUCCUCCUCUGAUGUGGAUUCAGUGGCACCUCCUUCAAACGAGAUAUCACAUAAUUGCAUUGCUGCUUUUACACUGGCUUUACCUGAACUCAAACGGUCUACUUGUAUCUAUCUGAAGAAUCUCCUGAGAAUGAUGAUGGAGCUGGAUACAUCACGGAAUGUGGCAGAUGUUCAAGGCCUUACCACCAGAGCUGAUGGUGUGAGAUCGCCUGCUGCAGAGAUCAUUUUGGAUGAACUCGCUUACAAUUCUGAUAUGCUCUCCCCCUUUUUUCAGGUCUUUGAUGACCCUUGGUGGAAGCUAAAAAUGAUCAUGCAAUACUUUCAGAAGUACAUUCCUAAGUUUCCUGUUCGUACUAGGAGAUCAAAUAGUCCGGUGAAUGAUUCCACAUUUGAAGGUGUUUUAAAGUGCUUCUCAAACAGCAGGAGCACAAAAAAUAUCAUCAAGAAAAUUGGAAUGGAUGUUGCUCAGCUGCUUCUUGGGCAUGCCUUUUUGGCUUACUUAUCAGUAUCAGUGGAUUCUUCUGCUGAAAAUGAUGAUUUUGAAGAGAUGGUGAAAGGAAGCUCUCUCACAGAAAUCUGCAAGCACAUAAUAGCUGCUUUUACUUCUAUCAGAAAAGAAUACAAGAACACAGAAAUUCUACUUUUGGGUAAAGAAGCGGUGUUUACAGCUGCAACCAUUCUCUCAACCAAGUCAUAG